GGGUUUUAUUGCAUCCACUGUGUUUACAGUGAUAUAAUGUCUUCUGCACAGGCUUUCGUUUUCUUUGUUGUAUUAUUAUUUACUACGAGUUCAGACUGUCAGAAAUAUAAACCCACAUGGGAGAGUAUCGACUCUCGUCCAAUUCCUGGUUGGUACGACGAUGCCAAAGUGGGCAUGUUCAUUAACUGGGGAGUUUACACCGUGCCCUCUUGUACCAGUGAGUGGUUCUGGUGGUACUGGAAAGGACAGCCACAAGCAUACGUGGUAGAAUUCAUGAAAAAGUUUUAUCCACCGAAUUGGACGUAUGCAGAUUUCGCUAAACAAUUCCGUGCCGAGUUUUAUGAUCCCAAGAAGUGGAAAGAUAUCAUUGUUGCUUCCGGUGUUAAGUAUGUAGUUUUGGCAUCCAAGCAUCAUGAUGGCUUCAGCAUGUACCCAACAAAUGUGACAUAUCAAUGGAAUGCAAGAGAUGUUGGUCCUAAACAAGAUCUUGUGGGUCCCUUAAAGGAAGCACUACAAGGAACAGGGGUCAGGUUUGGGAUCUAUCAUGCAAUGAUUGAGUGGUUCAACCCAAUAUGGCUGGCAGACCAAAAGAACAAUUUAACUACACAAAGAUAUGUCAAAGACUACAUCCACCCACAACUACACGAAAUCAUCAACACAUACAAACCAGAUAUACUCUGGAAUGAUGGCGGCUGGCUCGCUCCAAGCUGGUACUGGAACUCCACCAUAUUCUUGGCCUGGUUAUACAAUAAGAGUCCUGUCAAAGAAAACAUUGUUGUGAAUGAUCGAUGGGGCUCUGACUGUUUUUGCAAACAUGGAGGAAUAUGGACCUGUUCGGAUCGUUUUCACCCCGAUCAUUUGAUGCCACAUAAAUGGGUGAAUGCCAUGACGAUAGACAAAGGUUCCUGGGGCUUUAGAAGAAAUGCGGAUCUGAGUCAGUUUUACUCUAUAGAAGAUCUCCUGGAGGAAGUGAUUUACACCAUCAGUUUUGGAGGAAACAUUCUGAUUAAUGCUGCACCAACAUCUUGGGGCACCUUUUCCCCAAUCUAUGAGGAACGAUUCCGUCAACUUGGGGCGUGGUUAAAGGUGAACGGAGAGGCGAUUUAUAAAACGACACCGUGGAGUCACCAGAACGACACAUACAGCCCAAGAACUUGGUACACAGCAUCGAAGGCAGAUAAGUCUGUGAUUUACUGCAUGAUCUUGGACUGGCCUCUAAGCAAUGAAAUCCUCCUGGGAUCACUGAAGGGUUUACAAGUUUCUUCAGUUGAACUGAUGGGAUCAGAUGCAGUGAUGUAUUUUUUCCAGGAAUCACAAGGGCUUAGGGUUUUAUUCCCUUCCAUCAACAUCCGUAAAAUGCCUUGUCAGUGGGCCUGGAGUUUGAAAAUCACAUUCCGAAAAUAGUGAAAUAGACGAGUCCUUAAAUACAGACUGAGAUUAGGAGCAGAUUUGGAAUCUCACAUUUGAAAUUGAGCAGUAUAAUUCUAAUAUAGUAGUUUUAUUGCAACUUCUCAGGCCUUUCCGACAAGCGCAGAAAAUAACUGAGAAUAUAUUACGAACAUUUAAUGUAUGCUUUUGAUUUUCAAAUCAAAGGUAAUGGGUUUUUUUCGAUAAUAUAGCAAAUGUUGUCAGAUGGUGCCAUAUUAAUGUUUAUAUGAAAUUUGUUUGAUCAGAAUCUUUCCAUGUGGAUAUUUUUCAUGAUAAUCACAUUAUUCACAACUUGAAUACAAUAUUGGAUCUGUAUAAAACAUUUAUUAUAUAUAAACUAUAUAUACUUACACAUUGAAUGAAUACAUAUGUUAUUAGUGUUAAUGAUAAUAAAAUAAAAUAUGUGCAAAGUCUAUGUACAUAUUGUAUUAUACAUUGAAUAAUACAGCAAUAUUUGUAUUUCAUUAUAUAAUAUUGAAAUUUCUUUUUUGUAUCAUAAGUUACUUUAUGUUGGGUUUUUUAUAUGUUUUACUAUCCUAGGGUUUUUCAAAUAGAAAAUUUGCAUGCACAUUUUUCUGAUGCAUAUACUAGUAUGUACAUGUAUUUGUGAUUUUCAUUGAAAUUGCACUUUGAGAGUUCGUGGCUAGACUGUUAUUUGCCAUUGUACUUGCACGAUAUAGACAGCGUGUACUAACAAAUAGUUUUUACUAUCUCUGUUUAAGAAUGUGUUGUUGUGUUUUUCUUCUUUGUAUUACGUGUGUGAUAAAUUUCUGAGUGUGACCUCUGACCCUGCUUUAAUGUGAUUGGCUAAUUUACUGUUGUUAACGUUAUGGAUGAAUUGUUGCAAGUUCUUUGAUGAUUUAAGUUCAUUUUUUUUUAAAACAAGUUGUUUCUGCUGAGAUCCUUUUGAUCUAAGAUUUUUAGUUGUUUAAAAUGAUGUUGUACAUGUAAUAUUGAAUUUUUAAAGGUAUGUAAUUUUAAAAAAAAAGGUUUCACACAAUACGCCUUUUAGUUAUAUGUAAUACAUUAGUAAGCAACAUCAACUUCUUUUCUCCACACCACACACACUGGCAACUAGAUCUGUCACGCAACACACAGUGGCCACUAGAUCUGCAACUAGCUCACAAGUGUAAAACUUACAACUAGCUCAUGAGUGGAAAACUUACAACUAUUUCACGAGUGUAAAACUUGCAACUCUCUCAUGAGUGUAAAACUUGCAAUUAUCUCACAAGUGUAAAACUUGCAACUAUCUCACAACUUUAAAACUUGCAAGUAUCUCACAAGUGUAAAACAUAACUAGCUCAUGCGUGUAAAAUUGGCAAGUAGCUCACAAUUAAGUGUAAAAUUCUCUACUAACUCACGAUUGUAAAUUGUCUACUAACUCACGAGUGUAAAUUGUCCCCUAGCUUACGAGUGUAGGAUUUGGAAGUUUAUCACCUGUGUAAAAUUGUCUACUAACUUACAAGUGUAGAAUUGGGAAGUAGCUCACCUGUGUAAAACUUGCAAGUAGCUUACAGGUUUACAGCUAGCCACUGACUCAUGAGUGCAGUAAAACUGGUAACUAGCUUAUAUGUGUUUAAACCUGGCAACCGUCCUGCGGUUGUGCAAUUGGUUACUCAGUCACAAUUGUAUAAAACAAGCAACUUCCUCGCAAUGAUGAAACUGGUGACUGUGAGUUUCAUGUUUCAUUUCAUGUGCAACUCAUCCAUGUUCAAUGUAGGCAACUAAUUCAUGAGUAUAACUCUAUGUGUUGUGGAACUCUUCUGUGUUUCUAAUAGGAAAUAGUUGUGUGAAGAUUUUGUUAAGGUUUAUUCUGAUUUGUUUAUUUUUAUUAUUUUCUGUUAUAUCUUGAAAUGGAUUGUUUCUAUUUUAUCCUGAAAUUGAUUGUUUGCAUAAUAUUUCAUACAUUCCAUUACAGAUAUUUCACUUCAGAUUUUUGAUGCAGAUUAACUGUGAUUAAUUAUAUACAUGUACAAACAGAGAAUAUUUUUUUCUAAAUUGAAUACAUUUAUUUGUUGUGUAUUAUAAUACACGUAUAUAGUGACCGUCCAUGAUUGUGGAUCUGCUAAAUACAUAUUGUAAAACUUAAGAAAUCUGUGUGACCUAAUUAUUGACUGUGUAUCUCUGUAUUUAUUGGAAUUUAUAUAGAUGAAAAUAAAAUGUAGUUUGAUUUG